AUCACAUGACACGGCCCCCACCUAAUGAGAGGAGUCCACCCCGGCAAAGUUUUGUUAGAGUUUCAGUUGCAAAAAAGAUGUUCCCGUUCGAAUUCAAAUUCAAGUAUUCCCAAAAUAAAUCGGCCAAAGAGCUUCGGCUCUCUGACUACAAAUCCCGAGUUUUCACUGGGGUUCAGUACCUAACUAUGAUCCUAGUCGUUUCUUCUUCAUUUUUCACGGGCGUCGCCCGCCCGGACAUGUCUUGGAAAAUCUCCCAACACUGCGAGGACCCUAAAUUCAACCAACCCUUAACUCAAGUUGACAAGACAUGGGCAAUUGGGACAACUGUCGUCGUUAGUCUCAUAAUCGUGUGUCUGAUGUCAACCAAGAUGCUGUUUUACGGCUGGGAGAACAAGGAUGUGCUGGACAUAGUGAACUACUUCUUUGGCAUUUUGUCUUUAUGGGUUGCAUGUUACGCCCUGAAGAGCCUCAUCGGUUACCCCAUCCCGUCUUUCUUCACCAAAAAUGAACUCUACGCGUUUUAUUGUUGCAAACAUUGUCUUCCCAUCCCACAAACGAAAAAACUAACUGAACUUGACCUCGACUCCCGUGGCUCUUUUCCCUCUUUCCUGAUCUGCGCCCUCUCCUACUCCUCUACUUUCCUCUUUGUAGUUUGCACUUAUCUGGACGAAAAUAGACGUUUUGCUGCUAAACUCCUUGCACUGUUGCUGCCUGGAGGCGUCUCGUUCAUCUACUCUUGGUACCUUUGGCAAAGCAACGAGCACCAUCUCCAGGACGUCGUCGGGGGUGCACUUCUUGGGUGUUUUCUUGGCGCAUACAUUGCAAGAGAUAUCUAUAAACGUGACAACACAUCUGCCAGAUUUCAGGACGACUUCGUUACCGUGCUUAUGGCAAGGGAGAUCAUUGCACAAGCGGAGAGGGCAAAUCGAGGCGGAACGCACACGCCUAACGAAUAUGUCAUUAAUCUGUACCCGCACGAAAAUGAAGCUAUUGGAACUCAAAAUAGCAACAAUAACAAUGCCGUAGUCGCCUUCAACGACGAUCCACCACCGUAUUCCAGUCUUAAUCUCGCAGAGUAACUCCACUUUGUUAUUUCAUUUAUUUUAUUAUAUAUCCGUAUUAACAUAUUAUAUAUUUAUAUUAUAUUAUUGUUAUUUUUAUUACUACCAUAUUAUGUUUGUGUGUUCUAUUACUGUAUUUUAAAAAUGAAUAAUAAAGUAUUUUUUUGAAAA